CAGCCGGCUGUGGUCACGACGCCUGCUCCCUUGCCAGUCCUAAACAACAAGUGCACACCCCAGAACAUCGCUAAAGGCAAUCUGUACUUCUCCAUUGCUGGAGACCCUCACCGAUUCAUUGAGUGUGAUCUAAAUGGCAAUGCUAACAUCUUGACAUGCCCAUCAAUGCUAAACUGGGACGAGUCAAGGUUGUCCUGUGUGUAUGCCUUUACACAAGUCAACCCAACACCCAACCCAAGUGCCAGCUCAGGUAGUUUGAACACAGGUGCAGCUAAUCCCUGUAGGGGACAAACAGUAACACCAGCCGGUCUCUUCUUCUCUCACCCUGACCCCAACAAAUUUAUCCAGUGUGACAUUGCUGGCGAUGCCUAUGUCCUCACCUGUCCCUCGGGCCUGGUUUGGAAUGAAUACAGUACAACAUGUGUUUCUCCCUACCUGGGGGCUGGCUCAAGUGGGUAGUCUCCCCUUAACACGAGGAUAGCCUCCCCUUACCUGGUGGCUAGCUCCAGUGGUUCACCUUGCUCAUUCACACUUUUACUUAUAUCACCAAUAAAAACAUCAAUAUUGUAAA